AUGACUUUCAAACCCCUCAAAAUUGUUCCUAUCUAUGAGCUUCGUUCAGCGUAUAAAGACCUUGGCUACUCCAAUGCAGACUGCGCCAGACUUGAAGUCGGAGAAGCAGCCGAACAUAUCGCUGCCGUCCUCGACAAAUUGGGCCAUGAAGUCAUUCUGGUCCCUGACAUCCACUCUCUCAUCAAGAGACUUGCAUCUGGCGAGGGCGAUACGUGGGACAUAGCAUUUAAUACCACUGAGGGACUACAUGGAUCAGCCAGAGAGGGUCAGGUUCCAGCAUUAUUGGAGGCCUACCGAAUCCCAUUCACAUUCUCGGAUGCAGCCACCAUGGCAUUGUGCUUGGACAAAGGAAGGACCAAGAUGGUCCUCGAACAUUUCAACGUCCCUACUGCACCGUUCGCCGUGGUCCAUUUCAGUGACACGGACAACAAGUCUCAACUGGGAUUGGAUGAGAUCCAGUCCAUGAUUUGCUGGUCUCAACACUCUGAGACGCUGCUCAGUCAAUAUCCAUUGUUGGCAAAGCCUCUCGCCGAAGGGUCAUCGAAGGGUAUCAUGGCAAGCAACAAGAUCACGGGAACCAGGGGCUUAUGUCGCGUGAUCAACUCUCUCCGUGCUUCCAGCCUCUCGUCACUCGGUGUUCUUGUGGAGAAAUAUCUGCCUGGACGGGAAUUCACGGUGGGUAUUCUGGGAACAGGAAAGGAUGCAUGGGUCGUUGGGGUCGACGAGAUUAUCUGGUGCAACAAUAGGUCAGCGUAUCAAAAUCGCGAAGCAGUGGAGUUUACAACAGAGAAGUCGAAAUCAACUGACGACUGGGAUGGAGAAGCCGAUGAAGUCAAGGUCAGUCGGGAUGACCCAGAAGCUGAUCUUGCCUGCGAAACAGCUCUCCAGGCAUGGACUGUUUUGCGUUUCCGCAAUGGAGGACGGGUUGAUAUCCGGAUGGAUGACUCCUCGGGCUCCCCGGUCGCUCAUGUCAUGGAGAUAAGUAUCAACCCCCUAGCUGGGCUUCUCCCUCACUGGUCGCAGUUACCCAUGAUCGCCGAACAUAAUGAUGUCUCUUAUGGCGAGCUUAUCGAACACAUGCUGAAUAGUGCUUUGAAGAGACGGAGGGACGGUAGUUCUAGCUAAGGAUAUUUUGCGCAUCAUUCAGAAGAUUGUGUUCCGCCUAGGUAGAUAUAACCGUUAGCAUCGCAUAUCUGUGAUAAGAU